AUGGAAUUAUGUUAACUGCUACCUAGUCAAUUUAAUAAAAGCUUAAAUCUUUCUUCAAAAUAAAUCACAAGAAUUGGGAAAUUACUUCAAAACUCACCUUUCCUAAAUUUAUAGCAUCUUCAUCUUAGUCAUAAUAACAUAUCUAUUUUGGAUGGAAUUCAAUAAUUCAAAUAGUUAAAAAGCUUAUCUCUUUGUAACAAUUAAAUUGUUGAGAUUAAUGAACUAAAAAAAGUGAAUUAGAAUCUGUAAUACUUAUCUAUUCAUUCUAAUCCAUUUACUGUUUAUGAUUAUCACGAUGUGUGUUACAAUCUUUUUUUAAAACUAAAAAGACUUGAUGGAAUGGCAGUUGACAUGAGAAUAAUUAAAUCCUAAAGAAUAUAAGCUGAAACAGUUUCAAGAUGGCUUAUUCCAUGGAUAUAUUAACUUAAUAUUUAGUUAUUGAAUAUCUAAAAAGUAUUAUCCUUAAGAAAUGCAACAAAAGAGAUCGAUUCUAAGUCACAAUUAAAAACAAUUUCAAAUGAUCUUUUGUUAUAGAUUGAUUGGCAAUUCACUGAUAAUUAAUUAAAAUUACUCAAUUCAUCCACUCUAUAAAAUUUAUGUAAAUUUGUUCAAUCAAUCUAAUAUAAUUAGGAAUUGGAUUAAGCACAAACUAAAGAAAUGAAGAAGAUACAUUAUCAAACAUUUCAAGAUCUAAUUAAAUUUUAAUCUUCAAAUCAUUAUGCUUCAUUUAUUGAUUAUUUGAUUAGAUUAAAUGAUGGAGAUCAAAACAAUUAUUAUAAAGUAUUUUUAACAAUACAAAAACCUUAAUUACAUAUAUCUUCUGAUUUAUACCCUAAAGAAGAUGAUUUAAUUCCUCAAGAAGAACCUCUAAAAAUAAUUUAAACUGUACCAACAUUUCUAAAAGAUAAAAUUAAGUGUUAAGAAGUUAUCUCCAAUACUUACAGAAAAUAAAGAACAAUUCCAAAUUACGAAAAAGAAUAGUUCUUUCAAUACUUUCCAGUAUUUCCUUUUAGAUAAGAAUAUAUACAAUCUAUACUUCAAAUUGCUAAUUCUAAAUUAAUUGAACUAAAAAAUUUAGUUUCAUAAGUUGCUUAUUUAAAAUAAAAUGCUAUAUAAAGUGUUCCUUAGAGUGUAAGAACAUUACGUAAGAAAUAGAAAGUAUUAUCAUCAGAAGAACCAGCUCCUUAAAAAUUAAAUCUAAAACCUUCUAAGCUUGAAAUAUCUCCAAGAGAAGAAUAAGUUUAAGAUAUUUAAGAAAAUAUAACUAUUAUUAAGACAUACUCUGAUCUUAAAUUAGAAGUCUUAAAAUAAAAAAAAGCAUAAUCUUUAGCAUCUGUAUUAUGUAAGAUAUUUCAUAGAAGAAUUUAAAGAUAUCUUAGUAGAAUUGAUAAUUAAGAAUAAGAUAAUACAAAAUUUUUAGAUUAUCCUUAAGUUGUCUAUUUAUCAAGUUUAUUUUAUUCUAUGAAAAAAGUCUUAGAAUAAAAUAAAAAAAAAAGAUAAAGAUAAUAAAAAUAGAGAUUAAUGAGCCUUGCUUUUUAGGGUUUAAAAUUGUAUAAAUACAUAAAAUAGAAUGAAGCCAAAAGAAUAAAUAAAGGAUAUUAAAUUCUUUAAAAAUUAUAUUUUAAAAGUUUAGUUGACGGAAUCAGAAGUAUGAAACAUUUACUUUCCCCUCCAUUCAAAACUUUGAAAAAUUAAUCAUUUAAAUUAUCUUUAAAACAAGCUCCUUUCUAAACGAGUUACUAAAAAAUAAAAUUUAGAGAUUAUAAUGAUGAAAAUAAUCAAAAUUAAAAAAUAUGUAGUGUAUGCACCUAUUAGUUUUGA